AUGGCAGUAGAUGUUGUAAGUCCAAGAAUCUCAUUCUCUUAUGAUCUAAGAGAAGCAGAUUUUGUGCCAGUAGAAUCCCACAACCCUCAAUCAGAUUUGGAUUUCAUUGAUUUUGAUUUCUCCAUUGGUGAUAAUUUCUCAUUAGAACUUUCAUCUGCUGAUGAACUCUUUGCCAAUGGCAAAAUCCUCCCUGUUGAAGUCAAGAAAUUCGAGCCCACAAAAGAAAUUUAUCAAUCCGAGCCAACCGAUCCAAAUCCAUCUACAGAUUCUCAUAAAAUUGAAAAUGCAAAUGAAGACACAGUUACAAAGAAGAAGACUCUCAUAGAAUUUUUAUCAAACACCUGCGAUGAAGAAGAAGAAGAAGAAAAGCCACCCAAUAAGCCAUUUUGGCAGUUCAGAAGAAGCAUCAGUUUAAAUUCUGACAAUGGAUUGCUUAGAUCUUUAAAGUUUCUAUCAAGGAGCAAUUCAACUGGUUCGACUCCGAAUCCGAAGCCAUCAGCAUUGCCAAAAGUUAUUCAGAAGCAGAAUUCAAUGAAAGAGCCAUCAACUAGGAGCAGAAACUCAUCUACAAAUUUCAGCCAAAAUUAUUCCAAUAUUGCACCAAAAAGGCCUUCGUUGAACAGGAGUUCAAGCAAAUCUUAUGGCAAUGGAGUUCACAUUAAUCCAGUUUUGAAUAUCCCUCCAACUUACAUUGCUAAAGGUACUGUAACUUUAUUUGGUUUAGGUUCAUUAUUCUGCAAUGGAAAAUCCAAAAAGAAGAAAAGAUGA